AUGCCGAACUACGGUGGGACGAUGGUCCAUCGACAGCUGCGCGUCAACAACCAGCCAGCAGUAAAAAAAGAAGACAGGGAAAGACCAAAAGUGUCUCUGAAUAAAUCAGCCAUUAUUCGGAGGCUUGGAGCACUGGAGUCAUACCAGAUUGCUCUCCAAACCCUCGAUCUGAUCCGGAGCAACGUCGUAUCCUGCCGCUUUGUGUUGCCAAAACGGCUUGCUCCCACUGCCAGACAUCAUGACUUGGUGAACGAAUUCGAACGAGCCGUUGCGCGCGUCGUGCUGACUCAUCCACACAUGCAAGUGGGCAUCGCAGGCGCCAAAACCAGCACGCCAUCGUGGGUUCGUCUCGACAGCAUCAACCUCGGAAAAGUGAUCAAGUGGCAAACGGUCAAAGGCGGCGAUGAUGCUUUCCAGAAGGAAUUUCAGCAGACGCUAAACCGCGAGGCUGACACCAGGUUCAUCAAGUUCCGUGUAGAGCCAGGAUGGCGUAUCAUGGUUCUUCGCUCGGAGGCUGACACGUCUUUCAUCGAGAUCCUCCUAAUGUUCAACCACACUCACCUCGACGGUGUCAGCUGCAAGAAUUUUUACCGGGAGCUCCUCACACACCUCCAUGCGUCCGCCUCGGGCUUGCACGGCUCCCCACAAGCAAGCCACAACCCGUUCCUGAUCGACCACAUCCUUACCCUAUCACCCACGUCUGCCUUGGUCGCCAGCCUCCCGCCGCCUCCGGAGUACAUCCUCCCUUUCCCCGUCGACCCAACAGCGUUCGAACACUUUUUCAAGCACGAGAUUCAAACCCCCUCUUCUCAGUAUCCGCGCAACGUUGCAACCCAUGCACACUGGGCCCCAAUCCAGCUUACCAGCCCUGACACAGUUCCAUUCAGGAGCCAAAUCCGCACCAUGACAUUUCCAGCGAACAUUUCGGAGGAGCUGGUACAAGCCUGCCGGAAACAGGGGGCGACAUUGACGGCGCUAUUGCACGGUAUUGCACUCGUUUCGCUGGCCCCCUUGAGAGAACUCGUGGCGAAAGCCGAUGCCUUUGCCUUUUUGACGCCGAUGAAUAUCAGAAGAUAUUUGCCCUCUCCUUAUUCGAAAGGAAGGACUGGCUGUGUCAAGAACAGAUUGGACGCCGAAACUGCCAUGGGGAAUUACGUGACAAUUAUCGAGCACGUGGCGGAUGAAGAGCUUGUCGGCCGGGUGCGGCGUACCUUGACGGAGUCCAAGUACGUGUCAGGUUGUAACUUUCAGCCGAACCCGAGGGCAGCGGAGGCAGAGGAGGUGUUAUCUGAGGUGCACGACUUGAUCUUCGUCGCCGCACGCCGCGUACGGGCGGACCUCACGGCCAAGAGCGAAAGCUGUUCUCCGCGAGGCCUGGAAAACGACAUGAUCGGCUUUGUAUCGCGAGGGGUCUCGGACUGGAGAAAACAGUUGCAAGAGGAAGUGCAGAGACCGAGGAAGUCGUCGUGGGUGGUGAGCAAUUUGGGGGCCGUGGAGGGAAAGCCGUUCUGUACCUUGGAGGAAGGUCAGGAGGAGAAGGAGGAUGGAUGGUCCAUAACGCGUAUAAGCAUGACGCUGUGUGCCAAUGUGGUAGCGUCUGCUUUUGGGAUCGCGGUUGCGUCGGUCAAAGGAGGGGACCUGGUCGUGUCGGUGAGUUGGCAGGAGGGCGUGGUGGAUGAGAAGGUAGGGGACGCGUUCGUGGUGGCAAUGGAGAAGUGGUUGCGACUGUGGAAGGUUUGCAGUGACUGUAACUAG